GGGCAAAGAGAUUAUACAACUAAACCCAUCUGAAGCUUGAGUUCACUGUCAAGAGCUUAAUGGUAGAGGUAGUUUAGUUCCAUUGCUGUGCUAAUCUGGUGGCUAGCUGUGUUUUAAAUACAUUAACAAGGUCAUAAGUCAGAGGGAGUCUAAGUGAAUACAAUUUAAAACCGCAUUGUAAAGUUGAUAAGCUUAAUCAGACUAAUACACACGUGUAAAUACGUUUGUUGCUGAUGAGAAGAUGAGUUUAAACUGUUUUUUUUUUGCUUUGUUGUUCAUAUUACUUUCAAUCACAAUAAGUAGUGGUGAAACUGGUAUUAAUAAAAAACAAGAGAAAUAUAAAAUACUGGGAGUAUUUGGGCAUAUCGGUAAAAGCCACUUCGAUGUUUUCAAAGUGCUAUUAGAAGAAUUGGCACGACGUGGACAUGAUGUAACUGUUAUAUCAUAUUUCCCACGAGACAAUGUGUCUUCUCCACUGCCCAAUUAUCGAGAUAUAAGUCUUCUUGAUGAAUUGGAUAUUGAUGUUAAUGUUGUAAAUUUAAAUUUAAUUAAACAUACACCGUGGAAACUCAUCACUGAAUUGAUGGUACUAAGAGAAAAAGGAUUAUUAUGUUGUGAAAAGGCUCUCAAGUUGCCUCGAGUUCAAGAGUUUAUUAGAUCGAACGAGAAAUUUGAUCUUAUCCUUACUGAAGUCUUUAAUAGCGACUGCUUCCUCGGGUUCGUUCAUCGAUUCAAAGCACCGUUUAUCAGUCUUUCUUCUCAUAUAAUGAUGCCUUGGGCUAAAUCUCGCAUUGCUAAUCUAGAUAAUCCUAGUUAUGUGCCACAUAUCUUCUAUGGGUUUUCUACAAAUAUGAAUUUCAUAGAGCGAAUGAUAAAUACUGUUAGUUGGCCAUUCAUUGAACUUUUCUAUGAAGUUGGUUUUAAUUGGCCAACCCAGCCUUUGGUUGAAGAGGCUUUUGGACCAGGUGUUCCACCACUUAGUGAAAUUGCCAAGAAUACGUCGAUGAUUUUUGUUAACUCUCAUUAUUCUCUUCACGGUGCUGUGCCAACUCUCCCGAGUGUAAUUGAAGUUGGUGGAAUCCAUGUAACAUCUGUUCAACCACUUACUGAAGAUCUGAAAAGAUUUCUUGAUAAUGCUCACGAGGGUGUUCUCUUCUUUAGUUGGGGAUCAAUGAUAAGAGCAAGUUCAAUGUCCAACAAGACAUUAACGAAAAUUCUUUAUGUUCUUCGAAGCAUUCCAAGAAAAGUCAUCUGGAAAUGGGAAGUUGAAGAAUUGCCAAAUAAACCUCCCAAUGUUUUAAUCAGGAAAUGGUUACCCCAAGCUGCUAUACUCAGACAUCCAAAUGUAAAAUGUUAUUUGGCCCAUGGGGGUAUGCUUGGUAUCAGUGAGGGUGUUAGUGCUGGAGUUCCCAUGGUGGUCGUUCCAAUGUACGGAGACCAGUUCAACAAUGCUGCAGCUGCAAAAGAACGCGGAGUUGCUAUUGUUCUAGAAUGGAAUAAUUUUAAUGCAAAAAGUCUUAGAUCUGCGAUUGAUCGCGUCUUCAAUGAUUCCAGUUAUCAAAAAAAUGCAAAACUUCUUCAAAAAGCAUGGAAUGAUCGUCCAGAGACUCCAUUGCAAACUGCUGUUUGGUGGACUGAAUAUGUGGCUCGAGGGAAUGGGAAUAAAUAUUUGAAAAGUUCAGCAGCUUCUUUAUCUUGGUACCAGAUUACUUUGAUCGACGUUGUUAUCGUACUUGUUAUGGUAUUGGCUAUGCUUGUUUUUAUAAUUUAUCGGAUAAUCAGAAUGCUUGUCAGGUCACUUUUAAAGACUGACAGAUCCAAUGUACAAAUGAUGAAAAAAAAGCAAAACUAAAUAGAAGAGACUAUUUUAAUAGCCAUUAAUAAAUAUCAUAAAAAUCAAUUUUUCUUUAUAACUGACAAGUGAUUUAAUGGUGUUCGAAGAUAUAAAAUACUCCGAAGUUUUAGAUUACAAAUAAUAUAAGUCUGACUAGAAAAAUUAGACAGUAAUUUACAAAAGAAAAAAACAUUUAAGAAUAGAAUAAAUACGUAGACAUUCAUGUAGGGGAGCAUAAGUGAUAUAAUAAAAUUUCAUGGUGAUUUUAAUUCAUGAAAAGAGAAAGAAUCAGAAAGAGAUGAAUUCUAAAAUAGAAGAAAUAAUUUUAGUAUUUGAAAAAAUGCUUACAAUAUGUAACUGAACCCAAGUGUAUGUAUAGUGAUUGUACUAAAAAUGAAUUUAAAAAGAUAUAUGGUUAGUAGAUUGAACCAAGGUCAUGUAAAUUAUGAAUAUCACUGUUCAAAUGUGAAUCAUACAAUAAAUAAGAUACAUAGCACUGUCAUCCAUAGAAACAAUUAUCAAAUCAAAUCCCCACUUUAUAACCCUAACAUUUAUGAGUAAGAUGACGAUCAAAUAAAAUGAAUCCACUAGAAAAUUUUUUAUCAGUUUCUAAUUUCAUUUAUUCUUGCUAAGCCAUCAAAUUUUGGUGAGUUGGUAUUAAGACUUUUCAAUUAUCCCAUGCUAACAAUAAGUUAAGUUUAGUAUUUUGGUUAGUUGAAUUUAAUACUAAAUAGAGAAUGCACUAUUGAUGAAAUAAUUAAAGCGAAAGUUAGUACUGCAAGUGAAAUUAGGAAUGAGUUAUUUAAUACGAUAGUCAUUUACCAACAAUUAAGCUAACGGCGAGAUCUCCACUUAAGUAAGGUAGAUGUAUGUUACUGCAGUCUAGUACAUUAUUGUGGCUUAAGAUUGUUAUGGCUAAAAACAAAGUAAUCCAACUAUUAACGAUUUAGGAAAAUUUUAAAUUAAGAGAAUCUAGGGCAAAAAAAAUACUUAAGGUAAUGAUAUAUUUUCAGACUGCUCUUAACACUUUUUUAUCACUCCUCAUUAAGAGAAGUUUUUUUUGGUAUAAAAACUAUUAGAUAAAGAAUACUUAUUCUGAAAUGUUAUUGUUGCUCAAACAAUUCUGACAUCAUAUUUGGUUUAAAAUACAAGAACAAUAAUAACUUAGAAAAUAACUUCACGAGAAACAAUUAUGAAGUAGAAAUAUUUUUGAAUGAUAAAUGACUUUAAAUGCUUCUAGUUUUUUCAUAUUUCCACGUAUCAAUUAAAAAAAUAAUAUAUCGUUUCAUUUACUGUUUCAGUUUAUCUGAUUAAUUGGCUUAUUUAAUUGCUAUCAAGCAAUUUAUUAUUCGAAGAUAUAAUUAUAAGUAAAUUAGAUGAUUUGUAUUGGACGACUCUUUAUUAAGUUUGCUGGUAAUAAAAUAAAUUUAUUGAUCUCGGUAUUAAUUAUUAGCCAUUCAAAAUUUAUCGUUUGUGAUAUUAAUAACUUAUGUCACCAAGAUCGAUUGUUUGAAUCCUCCUAAAAUAACAUGGACUUGUGACUAAAUAUUUAUGUAUAGAAUACGAAAAUAUAAUCGAAACAACGAUGUUUUUUUAGUACAUAGAUGUUGAUGACAAACCAAGUAUCUGAUUUUACCUAUACAAUGUUUGCCAAUGAAUAGAAAUUUAAUCAACGUAUUUAAAACUUAUUAGAAAUAAAAAAACUUUCUUUUUAUUUUAGUAGAAAAGAAAUAACUGUCAGUCUCUUAAUUGUUGUCAAUUUUUUUAUUUUAUAUCUUAGGAUAAAUUUUUUUUAUAUUAUGUAUACAUUAAAAAGUGGCACAGAUAAGCAAUAUUGAAAAAUUUUUCUAUUACAACUUCAUCAAUUCUAUUCGUUUCAACUAGACUUUACCCA